UAGAGGCGGACAGCGUCGCCCCGCGGCCGCCAAGCGCCAGAUCCCGGCUGUCCGCCGCCCUCCCGCAUCCUCCCUUUCCCGAGAUGCCGGGCCGCGACCCCCGCUCGGGCCCUCGCGAGCGUUUCCCGGUGGCGGCGGUGGAUGCCAUCCUGGAGGAUGUGGUAGGGAGCUACGCGAGGGAGCAGCGCUACGAGCCAGCCCGGUGCGGGGAGCUGGCGAAGGACAUGGCAGAGGUUAUUAAAGCUCGGGUAAAAGGCCUUAUGAUACCGAGGUACAAGAUUGUUGUGGUGACAUAUAUUGGGCAGUUGAAUGAGCAGAGCAUGCAGAUCGGAAGCAGGUGCCUCUGGGAUCCUGCAAGUGACACAUUUUCAUCGUACACGGUCAAGAACACUUCACUCUUUGCUCUUGCAAAUGUCUAUGGUGUCUAUUUUGAAUAAGAAGGCAGGCAAGUUUGACAGCAGGAGAAAUGAAUAUUCAGCCUGACUCUUCCUCUUUCUAUUGUUGAAAAUGGUUGUGAAGGUCCAAGGCAACUUUCACCUGUUCUGAAAUGUGGUUAACAUAAGCCUUUUGGGGGUGAAUGUAAUAACUAUUUCUCAGUGCUUUCUCUGGGAAGUGAUUCUCUGUUAAAUGCUGUCUUGCACCUGAUUCUAGCUGCUUUCAGAACCAUGUAUCCCUGUAAUAUUUUUUUCUCUCUGCAUUUGCCCUCACUGUGAGAUCCCUAAUUAUAAACCACAGAGGGAUUUUUGGAAAGUAAACCAAAAGCAUUUUAAAUACUGUCCCUGUUAAAUAACAUUUGCAGGUCCCACGGCCCCAGCUUCAUAUACACUCUGUGUCGCAGAUGCUGUGUCCUGUUAAGCCACAGUAGCUCAGUGCUGCAAGUGACCCUGCCCGAGGAAUAGGGGGUUCCCUUCAAACCAGAGGUGCCCUGGGUGAGCUCCGCAGAAGAGAGUGCAAGGGCUGGGAGCUCUGCUCGUUGAGGCCUGGCCUGGCUGCCCCUGAGCCCCGAGUGCAGAAGAAGUGACUGAGAGAAUGUGCUUAAUUCUGCUUGGAAAAAACUAGCUCAGUCCUGUAGUGUUUGAAAUCAAGUGAAAAAUGUCUUCCAAUUAUAUCACAUUUAGAGUAUGUAGAGCUAAUGUGUUUGGGCCCUUUUAUCAAAGGUGCUUGAAUCCAGAAAAAAAAAAAAUUGAAUUGGGGUUCUCAGCUGACUCUUGCCUAUACAUGAGAGUCGGAGUACUCUGCACUCAGCAGCGUAUUUUCAGUCUCCCUGGGUGCAAAUUACCUGUCCAUAGGCAGGACCUCGCAGACAUGACUGGAAGCAGCUGGAAUAGGAAAUAAACCCUAGCUGCUGUCUGCCCGGUGCCAGGGCUGGUGCUGCCUGAGCACGUCUCACCUGCUGCAGCUCUUCCCCAGCUGGGGUAGGCUCUGACUCAGGUCUUACAGCAUGACACAGUGCUCAGAGCUAUCUGCACUGCCUGUGUUUUAUUCUGAUUCUGAUGACAGACUUUUUGCUACCCAUAUUUCACAGCUGAAACCUGCUGUUGGAUUUUCCUAAGGAAGAGAACAAGUAUAUAAGAAACUGCUUAUUUGAUUACAUGUUAUCUGCAAAGCUGAAACUAGAACAGUAAUUAGGUAGAUGGGAAGAAAUAUUUGUACACAUGACCAGAAGUUUAACUCUAAACUACUGUAAACACUGUGUGGAAUCACAAAACAACCUGACUGUCAUUGCAGCUGUUUGCUGGUUUGUGCUACAACAUUUAACACUUGGCCUUUACUCCCUAGUGCACUCCCAAAAAUAAAGCUAC